GAACGUACCGCCUUACAUUUGCUUUAUUACGAAUUUGGAAGUUAUAUAUGCAUACGUACUUAUCAACAUUCCUACAAGAAUAUAUAAAAUUAUUCGUAUUAUCAGAUGAUAAAAAUUGUUUUAUAAGAAAUUUAUUUAAAUUACAUAAUAGUAGAGAAUAUAUAAUCGUGAAACAAAUUUUUAUUCUAACUUUUCAUUGCAAAUAUUCUAGAAAAUGUCUAAGGAAUGAAAUAUACUUAAUGAUAUUUAUCAUACAUAUAAAAAAAAUAUUUUUUAAUACAAAAUAUUAAAAUCAUACAUUUUCGAAUAUAUUAAUUUGUCUUGCUGUAGAUAUUUUACAUCCUUGUUUAUAAGACGAUCAUGUGCAGUUUGACUUCUCAGAAUGGCGCCAAUAUCCGACGAUAAUGACAGGUUACGUGCACGUGACAGUUAUUUUAUUGUCAAAGUUAAAUAGCAAGAUUUCAAAUCUGUUGAAUUAACUCAUUGACAAACUAAUAACGUGAUUAUACGAUUAAGUGUGCUGUAUAAUAUAUUACUAUUAUGGAAGGAAAAAAUCAAACUGAAGAUGAGACUGAUAAUGUUAUUGCGCUCAAGAACAGAAUACCACUGUUAAAAGAGUUGUUUCAUAUACAUGGAAAGGUUGGGGAAGGAACUUUUAGUUCUGUAUUCUUAGCUACAUUAAAAUCUUCUGACGGAUCUAAAAAAUUUGCGUUAAAACAUUUAGUUCCUACCCGUCAUCCUGAAAAGAUUGAACGUGAAUUAUUAUGCAUGCAACAAAUAGGAGGGAAAGAUUAUGUUGUUGGAUUAGAAUUAUGUUUACGAAGUUGUGAAACAGUAGUUUUUGUAAUGCCAUAUAUGAGACAUGAUAAAUUUUCGGACUAUGUAAGAGAUAUGACUGUUCAAGAAACAAAGGACUAUAUGAUAGCAUUGUUGACUGCAUUAAAAAGAGUUCAUCAAUUUAGUAUCAUACAUAGAGAUGUUAAACCUAAUAAUUUUUUAUAUGAUCGCUACAAUCGAAGAUAUUUACUGGUUGAUUUUGGAUUAGCACAAGAAUAUGUUACUGAAAAUAAAUCUAAUAAUCCAAAGCCAAAUAAUGCUACCACACAAUCUAUCAAGCGGAAAAGAUCGGAUGAAAAUAGUAUAAAUCAAUCUUUAAAUUUAAGAAAAAAGGUGGAAGGAAAAAUGGUUGGAAAAUGUUAUUGUUUUGGAAAACCUAAAGUUUGUUCUUUGUGCACUUCAAGGCCAGAACAGGCAGCUCCUAGGGCUGGUACACCAGGAUUUCGUGCACCUGAGGUUUUAUUGAAACAUCCUUCACAGACACCUGCAAUUGACAUUUGGGCAAGUGGAGUAAUGAUGUUAUGUAUUCUCAGUGGUACCCAACCAUUUUUUCAUUCUCCAGAUGAUUGUACAGCUUUGGCAGAAAUAACAACUAUAUUUGGGUCAAAUAAAAUGCAGCAAUGUGCGCACAAAUUAGGAAAAAAGAUUAUCUUUUAUGAAGAUAUACCAGGCAUUGAUAUUGUAUCUUUAUGUCAGAAAUUAAGAAAGAGAAGUAAGGGUUCGUUAAACAAUAGUAGUGAUCAUAGCAUGUAUGAAAAGGUGUCAUCGGAUGUUCAAUUUCCAAAAGAAGCUUAUCAUCUUUUGUUAAGACUAAUGGACUUAGAUUACAAAACUCGGCUUACUGCGGACCAAGCUUUACAACAUCCAUUUCUAAAAUUAUAAUCUUUGUUAUAUUAUAAUAAUUCCAGUUGUUAAUUACUUUUGGCGGAUUGGUAUAAAGAAAUAUAUAUUAAGAGAAAAAUGAAUUUAACUAGAUAUUUAAUUUUAUUACAAUGAAAAAUAUUGCAUAGUUUAUGCAUACAUAAAAUGUAUGUAUGUAUAUAAACAUAUAAAUACACAGUUUUUUAUACAAAAUAAAUAUAGAUUUUUAAAAAAUAAAUAAUUUUAAUUACAAUCAUACUGCAAAUUUAUUCAACACUCUCCACAUUAUUUGAAUUCUGAAGUGGUUGUUGUUCAUUAUUUGUAGUUCUUAUGAGUUUCCACUCUGCUGCUGCUUCUAAUG